AUGGACCCUGACCUUGCCUACGUGCUGCUUCCCGCACACCAGAUCUCUAGCGCUCCCGUCGACAUGGACGUGGAUCCCGACCCCACGCAGCAGCAGCGCCCCUCGCGCAAACACCUGCGCUCCAGCGAUGACGAAGACGGCGACUUGGACUGGAGCUCGGACAUGUCCGGGCGCUUCGAUGACGCCGAAGAAGAAGACGACUACCGCUCGCCGUCCGCCAAGUCGGUCAAACGCCGCCGGUCGAACGAUUGGCCUCUGCCCGAAGAAGGUGCCGACUACGGCCACGAGCGCCGCCACAUGCGGGCCGGUGCGGGCCUGAGUGCAGCUUUCAAGGCCUCGCCGCGCGCUUCUCCGCGCGCUUCGCUGGCGUCACUGCGUGCCCGACAUGCGGCGGCGUCCAACAGUCCCCGUCAUCAUCGCAAGGGUCGUCAGUCGCGCUUUGUCGAGGCUAGUAUGAGUGAUAGCGUCAGCGAGAAACCGCCCAGCAUCUACUUCCGCGACAGUAAGCCGGCGGGACCCCAGCAUCGCCAGUCGGGGAUCUUUCGUUUCGGCAAGGCCAUUGCCUCGGCGUUCAACCCGUUCGGAGGAUGGGGCAAGACAUCUCCGGAGAGUUCGACCAACUCCCAGUCGCAGCAGGAUGUCCUCAACCAGGCUGAGCAGGCGUAUGCCGAAUUGAAGCAGGCCGGCUACAAGGGCACCAAUAAGGGUGCUUAUGCCCGCGACCUGCAUGUCAACCCGGCUCUGGCCGACCAGACCUGGCAAGAUAUUCAGGACAAGGUCGAGUAUGGAACUGCCAUUGGUGAUCCACACCGCUUCUCUGUAGACCACGGCGACCGUACGGCACCGGCACGCCCCGAGUCUGGGGCCUCAAAACGGUCGUCUUUCCAGGAUCUUCGCAAGGGAAUUCCUUUUAUCAGAUCCCAAGAAUCCUCGCCUGCUCCCGCAGCUUUCUCCUAUGAUCGCACGUCGGAAGAUUCUGAGAAUCCCGGGCUCCACAGGCAGAAGUCGCGCAAGGAACUCUCGCGUCAGACAAAGCUACUUAAGCGAGUCAGCAAUCUCGAAGAGAAACUCACUCGUGCCCGGCGAGAGCUUCGUGAGCUGACCGGUAAUGAGGAACGAAUGCCAGCGCCCACCCCGCAGCCCAAGUCCCUCUCGAUGGAUAUGGACCCAGCAGAGUAUCCUCGCAAGUUUGUUCCUGGCGCGCUCCCCACGCUGCCGUCGGAGCGGUUAUUAGAUCAACAGGCGACGGCAUCCGAAUCGACUGAGCCCGUCGCGGAGGAAUUGACGGCGUUGCCCUCCCUAGAGGGCCAAGCGAGUAACUUGGAGGAAUCGCGGCCAGCCCCUAGCACGGUGGCGGCCAAGUCGCCGAAACGGCGGUCGAAAGAACUGCGGCCGUCGUCGGCCAUGGGUAAGGACCGUUCUUCCCGCAAAAGGAAGUCUCCCAUUCCUGAACCUCUCGCUAGUCGGAACCCUCCUCCACAACCCCGUUCGAAGAACUCAAUCGACCAAGACAACGACGAAGACUACUCCGCCGAGCGCCAGCAGCUGACCGAGUCUGGGCUGUUGAGCCCACCCCGGCAAGCCAAGUGGCAGAAGUUUGAGGCUGGCGACAGCCCGGGCUCGGUGGAACGCAAGAAACGCGUCGCGGACCCUUCGUCCCCGGCUGCUCGCCUGGCUUACCACCAGCCUGCCUCUCCUGCAGGUGCGAUGCGAAAAAGGUCUCCUUACGCUCGUCAACCCCGAACCUUCUCCCCCGGCCCCUCCCGCUCACCGUCUUCGAAGACUACAACGCACUCUCCGCCCGCCCUGCGCAUGAGACAGGGCCGCUCAAAUCUCCGCUUGGUGUCCCCCGGUAUCCGCUCCAUCCCAGACUCCGAGGGAGCCGUCUCCGAUGAGAUCGGGUUCUCGCCCUCGCCGGUCCGACCCAAUGUCUCGCGCCCGUUUUAUCUGCAGCAGCAUUGCACUCUAGACCCGGACCGCAGUCCUUCUCGUCGACCAGUCUCCCUCUCGACGUUGAGUCCCAGUCGUGCUCGAGGUUAUGUCCACGACGACGAUAUCCCUCCUGUACCGCCCCUGCCCAAGGAGCUUUUGGUCAAUGCUGCCAAGGUUCACAAGUCUCCGACGAAGAAGAGACCGCGGUCUGCUCCGAAUCCUAUUGCUGCGGUGACACCGCUGCAGCCGCAGACUUCUUCUACUCGAAAUAGUCAGCAGGCUGAUAAGGCAGGGUUUCAGUGGCCGGAGGAUUUCUUUUGA